AUGAGCAUGGACACAUACUCCGACCAACCGAGGUAUCGAGAUGACCCUUCAGCGAAGGAAGCUAUGAGCGACACGGAGAAAGCUACCUUAACCGCCGAAUACAAAUGUCUUGGCACUUCGGAAGAUGCAGAAACUUCUCCUAUCAAUAAAAGGCGGCGUGGCUUCAUAAAAGGAUCACGGUCCUGUUUUGGAGAUAAUAGCUCUCGAUCUGUUUGUGCCAGAGCGUCUUUAGUAGCACUCAAGGUUGUUGUGUUCGUUGCGCUGCUUGGUUACUUCGUCAGGGGUUCUUUUCACGGAUUUAAGAAGCAAUGCACACACUCCAAACAGAAAGACCAAGUCUCCAACAAUGACUGGCAUGAUCAUGGUCCAUCCGACAAACGGGAUAUUUCCGUCAACACAACUACCAACUCAAUUGUUGGCAAAUUCCCGCUCUACGACAGUCUCAAUUUAACUACAGUCACGGGUAGUAUUGCUGUCGUCAUCGACCCUCAGCCCGCUCAUCCCGAACAACCAGACAAGCCAGCAAGGGUAUCCAUCAGAACGGAGUCGGGAAGCAUAUCUGUGUCUUUCCGACUUCCGGUCCUGCGCCCUGCCCUCAGCGAUGCUUCCAGUUUCACCAAACUCCGGGAGCUAUAUAACUCAAGGAAGUCCAGAAACAAAAAUGAUAAAACUAACAAUGUACACGCCUUCCUCACACCACGUCCGUAUGAGGUAGAAAUCCACACUGCAUCCGGUAGUAUCUCAGGCCAAGUCGCCUUCUCGAAUCUGCUUAAGAUUUCUACUAUUUCCGGCUCCAUCAGCGCCAACCUCAUUCCCAUCGUUUUCAUUGAAGAGGAAGAGGAAAAACCCCCACGCGAUCCCCAUGACCCGUAUCAUCCUCCCAAUGAUGGCGGUGAUGAUCGAGGGCCCCAACACCGCGCCAAUGUCUCCAUCUUCACUUCUACCGAGACCGGAAGCACUCACCUUUCGCUUUUGGAGCCGUUCUUCCCACCCCCACCAGAAGGAGAAGAUGAGAAAUCGGCUAGCACAUCUGGACCUCCUGAGAAGGGCCGGUGGGCACCACAAUCUAUCACUGCCCACCACAUCGCGCGAGGUUCCGGAUCUGUGGCCGUUGUCUAUCCUCCGUCUUGGGCUGGCCGUGUCCACGCUGCUACUUCCGGCAAGGGCCGCGUCAGCAUUGGUGGUGAAGGCGUUCUGGUUCGUGGUGGCAAUAAGACUGUUGCAGACGGCGUGAGAUAUCCAGAUCCCGAGGCCGAGUGGGAUGCUCUGUGGUGGGGCGCUUCUGGCAAGAUGAACGUAACAGUUACGAGUGACGGGGGCAUUGUGGACUUCUUUGCACGAGGAAAUCGGAUUGAUGGGUGA